AUGUUUCCUGUGUACUUUCACAUAAGAGCAUCCUGCAGCAGCCUGUGUGAUGUGUUUCCUGUGUAUUUUCACAGUAAGAGCAUCCUGCAGGAGUACUGUGAGAUCAGCAGCCUGCUGACGGAGGAGAUCGUUAAGGUUCACCAGGAGAUUUCGGCGGCGGUGGAGCAGAUCGACCAGCUGGCCGAGUACCAGCACUUCAUCGACGCCUACAGGUCAGAAAACACCCGCUGCCUCAGACAGAACCAGUACCGGUUUGAGGGGACCGGGUUCUCCAGCAUCCCUCAGCUCAUCGAGCAUCAUUACUCCACCAAGCAGGUCAUCACCAAGAAGUCUGGAGUGGUGCUGCUCAGCCCCGUCGCCAAGGAUAAGAAAUGGAUCCUGAACCAUGAGGAUGUGGCGCUGGGGGAGCUGCUUGGAAAGGGUAACUUUGGCGAGGUGUUCAAAGGAACGCUGCAGCGCGACAAGAUGGCCGUCGCCGUCAAAACGUGCAAAGAAGAUUUACCUCCGGAACUGAAGAUCAGGUUCCUGUCUGAGGCCAGGAUCCUGAAGCAGUACGACCAUCCGAACAUCGUGAAGCUGAUCGGAGUCUGUACGCAGAGACAGCCAAUCUACAUCGUCAUGGAGCUGGUUCCUGGAGGAGAUUUCCUGUCCUUCCUCAGGAAGAAGAAGGAUGAGUUCAAGACCAAACAGCUGAUCAGAUUCUCCGUGGACGCCGCCGCUGGCAUGGCCUACCUGGAGAGCAAGAACUGCAUCCACAGGUGA